AUUCAUUUGAGAGAGAGACAGCAAGCAGGUGUGAAAGAGCAGGAACCAGGGGGAGCUGCAGGCAGAGGCAGAGGGAGAAGCCGACUGACUCCCCUCCAAGCAGGGAGCCUCUCAUGGGGCUCAAUCCCAGGUCCCCGGGAUCACGGCUGGAGCCGAAGUCGGACGCCUAAGCAUCCGAACCACCCAGGCGCCCCUGUGAAUUUUGGAUUUUCAGUUGGGUCAAAUUGUGAACCUAUGUCGAAUUAAUUUGGGGGGGUUCCUCUUCCUGUAUCCAGUUUUCUUUCUUCCAUUCCUCCUUUUCUUGGGUUUGUUUGGUCCUGGAUAUAUGCUUGGGUUAGGGAGUGUCUUUUUACCCUGUUCAUCUUUCUCCGUUUUUUCUUCCAGAGAGUCUCCAAUCAGCAUCAUUAGGGUUGGAGCCUCUGUCGUGGCAAUGGUCGUAUGGUUUCAGGUGUCCUGGCGUAAGUCAGGGUGUGAAUUGAUACCCUCACUGUGCCACAGGGGUGCCACGGAUGUUUCCCCCACGACCCUGAGGAUGGCGAUCUUGUGCCAAACAGGUUUAGGCAGUGGGGUGGUAAGUGAAAGAGCACAGGACCCACAGCGCAGACGUUGAUAAAGCCAAAGCAUCUUCUGCUACAGCCCUACCUUCUCUCAGUGUGGACGGCUUCCCCUCCCCCCUUUUCCCACUCUACCGAUUCCCUCAGGAGACUAUUUCAUUUCUAGCCCCAUAAAGUCAUGGGUUUUUGUUUCUGUCUCCAGCUAUUCAGACGUGGUGCACAUGUUCUGGGUGUUUAUGGGGAAAGGGAGCUGGGUGGGUCGGCCCCACAGAUGACUGUCCUCUUCCUGCGGGCAUGCCAGUCCAUCUCCCCAGUGUUGGAGUCCACAGCCAGGAAGGUCAUUUUGUCCAUGGCCAGAGUGGGAGCCUCAAGGCCCUGGAUCCAGAGAUGAGUCCCUGGACGCGCUGGGAAGCAACAACACUAAGAGAAAGCAAGUGUGUGGAGGAGGGGUUUUGCACUGGGAGAGAGGUGGAGCACCAAACGGCCGACCCUCCACUUUUGUGUUUCUCAUCAGCUCCUGGGCCCUGGGCUGCCAUGGAUGUGCGCCUCCAAACCCUGAGGGCUCCGGGGGACACACGGUAACGGGGAGAGGAGCGGCAGCUGGGGAGAUGGGCAAGGCCACUCGCGUUGCCUGACCCACAGUGACUCAGGAGGCAGCCAGGGAGCCAUUCUUACAUCUCCCUGGGGUCGUGGCCCCCUUCCUUUCCACCCACAACACAGAGGGUCAUCCCCAGGACGGUGCGUGGGGUGCGCUCUCCCCACCCGGAUCUGUCUGUCUGCCCCAAGCACUGGCCCAACACCCAGUCGGUGGAACUCAAGCACCCCAGUCAGCAGGUCGUGGGGUUGCCGACCUCAGCGGGGAGCCUUGGAGACCGAUACAGGCCAGAUGGAGGUCACACUGAUGGCACCUCCCUCCUAGGUACAGUCAAGUCGCAUCUGUACUCAACUUGUUGGCAAGGAUGGGACAUUGGUUUGGAAACGGAUGGCGACCUCCUUUGGAGCUAACAGAACACGAGCUAACACACAAGCUGGCCCGCAGUUGCCAGUUCCCUCCCAGAUCGUGAUUGUCCCCUCUGAAGCCAGUUAGGAAGCCAAGGAGCACGUCAAGCUGACCCCGUGUCCUCAGUUAAGGUGGGGCCACCCUGUUUGUGAUGUCACUUGCUUUUAUUCAGCUUCUCCUCAGUUCCCUGACGAGAGAGAGAUUCCUGCUCUAGGCUUGUAGGGAUCCCUUGACACCUGACAGAUGUGACUGGCAGCAGUUGACUAGUCACAUAUUCUCACAGUUCAAGGGAGGAGGAUACCACACACUGUGCAGGGCUGCACAGGAAUUGCACUUGGGAACAGAGGGAACAAGCAGGGGCUUGGAAGGCAAGACUUUGUCCUAACAAGAAGGUGGGGCAAGUCCUGGUUCCCUUGGGAGGGUAUGAGUGGCUUGCUUGAAGAAUUCAGUGGGCUUCUAGGGAACUGAACGCUGCUCCCCCAAAUCAACAGGCACUAUGUCUGGUCCCUGUGAUGAGAAGGGUUUUUGCUUAGGAGACCUUACGUGUGAGGGAGGAGGGAGAGGAGAACUUGCAUUAGGCUGUUUCCGUCCCUCCUUGAUUGUCCCUGGUGUGAAGACAGCCCUUAAUAUGGAAUCUUCAUUUCAGGCCUUAUGCCCCAAGAGGUUAUGAAAAUGUCAGCCUUCUUACAACUACUAAUGGCAUUUCACAGUGAAACAGUAUACAGAAGAAACAUGUAAAAGUUGUAUUGCUGUAUGCUAGCAACGAACAUGUGGGCUCCACUAUCAAACAUACGUUCACAAUUACUAGUAAAACUAUACUUAGGGAUCAAUCGAACAAAGCAUGUCCAGCACUCGCAUGCCCACAGCCGUUAGCACUGAUAGAGGAAAUCGGAGAUAUAAAUAAAUGCAGAGAUAUACCAUGUUUGUGAAUUGGAAGCCUAAGCAUAGUGAAGAUGUUCAUUCUGCCCAGAUUGAUAGAUCGAUUUAAUGCAAUUCCUGUCAAAACCCAGUCAGGGUUUGUUUUCUUUUGUAGAUUGAUAGACAAGAUGAUUCUAAAGUGUAUGUGGAUAGACAGAGGAAUGAAGAGUAGUUUCAGAAACAAUUUUGAAAAUAAUAAUAAAGUGGGAACAUGCAGUCUACCCAGUUUCAGAACUUCUGCGAUAGUUUUACUAAGGACGAUUGUGUGGUAUCUGCAGAAGGACAGACACAGAUCAAUAGAACAGAACAAAGAACCCAGAAAGAGUCCCCACAAAUACGCUCAACUGAGUUUUGAAAAGGGAGCCAAAGCACUUCAGUGGGGGGAAAGCUGGCCUUGCGACAGACUACAGCCAUUUCAAGCUUGUGAUGAACACACAGACGCCAGACUCAGAAAACAGCACCAGGAGCGAAGGAAGACGGGGCUUUGACGGCGGUCCCGCCAGGUGGUGACGGGAAAGGAGGGGUAGACGGUGCCCAGGGCUCUGUGGGCGGGGCCAGAGGAGGCACCCAAGGGGCGCGUCCGCGGGCCGAGCGGGCGGGAAGCUGUCCAAUCAGCGUCUGGGCAGAAGCGCCAAUGAGCGGGAAGGUUGUUGGGCGGUUGACGUGAGCGGCGGGUCUGAGCCCCGGCAGCUGAGCGCGGCGGAAGCGAGCCCUCCUUCCCUCUCCGAGGCUGGCUCGUCCCCCCAGCGCCCGGGGACCCGGUUUCGUUGUUCUCGGUGGGGACAGCACCCCGGAACCUCCACGGCCAUGGGCGCUCGUCCGAGGACGGCCUCUUUCAGCUCCUGUUCGUCCUCCUCGACAGACCCAGACGACGAGGGAGUGCGCGGCCCUUGCGAAGAUGCUUCUCCGUGCAGAGAACCAUCCGUUGAGACCUUCUGACGAGAUCAAGAAAGACAGAGGAACACAGCCUACACCUGGAGGGUCGGGAGCUUGGAAAGCAAUCUCAGAGCCGGUGAUGGCGAUCUCUUCAGAAACUCAGCCUCGCCAGUGCCCUUGGCGGCUCGAAGUCCUCUGCCCUGUUUCUUAUAUUGCACAUAUGAGUGAAACCAUUUGAUAUUUGACUUUCUCGGAUUGACUUAUUUCGCUCAGCAUAAUACCCUCCAGUUCCAUCCGUGUGCAUGUAAAUGGAAUAGAAGGAGGAAUUCACAACAAAAGAAAGAACCGGAGGAUGUACUCUCUGCCAUAGAUCUAAUUGAUAUGGACACAAUUGAGCUGAGCCUAAACCAAGAGUUGGCCGUUCAACUGACUGAGCCACCCAGCUGCCCCUCCAUUUGGUUGAAAUGAGAGAGACACAGUGAGAGAUGGAACACAAGCAGGCUUCCCGAGGAGCAGGGAGCCCGAAGCGGGGCUCGAACCCAGGACCCUGGGAUCAUGACCUGAGCCAAAGGCAGAGGCUUAACGACUGAGCCACCCGGGUGCCCCCGUCAUUUUAUUUUAUAUUCCUCUUAUUUUGGGGGGUGAAGUUGAAGAUCGUUUUUAUAUGUUUAAGAGCCAUUUAUAUUAUCUUUUACAGUGAACUGUCUGGUCAAGUAAGGAAUUCCUUUCUUGACCUUAGUAAAAUGAUAGUAACACUGUUAGGCUCUGAAGUCCUUUCUAUCAAGGCAGUGAAGGGAUUUGAGAUGGGAGGGUGACUUAGUCAGAUUGAGAAAGUGACCAAAUGACCACAGUCCUUGGGCAUGCAGGGAAUCCUCACCCUAAAGAUGGAGCCUAUGGGUAGAUUCUGUAAGAAAUGGAAAGAAAGUGCAAAGUGGUGGUUCCUGAGAAUAAGGACAUGGACCUUACUUGGAGCUGAGGGUGAACCCAGGCAUCAGGGAGAUGGGGCCAGGCCUGGCUAAGAGGCCUGAAAUCCUCUCUCCCAGGCUCCUGAGGCAGCUUUCCUAACCAGGGCUACAGAGGUGGGAACCCAAGUUGGGGCCCUGGGAGCUAGACGCCCCAGGCAGGGUGUCAGCCGGCCUUCCUUCCUUCUUCCUCUGCAUGGGCUGGCAUCUCCAGACCGGACCCCCUAGGAGAGGGCUUCCCAGGCAACAUGUGGUGAGCAUCUUUAAAGUUUUGUUCCAAUAAUCUCUCUGUUGUGGACGAUAUUCUAUAACAUACAUGAAAAAUGAUUUCCUAGAAAGAUAAAAUGCAAGAGACACAUCAAAUAGAAGCUCAAGUUAUUUAUGAGGAGAAUCAAUAGACGUAGAAUUCCUAUGUCACAUUGCAGUAAGUUUCUAAAUGCUACUGAAAUUUUGUUCUUAAAGUAGUUAUACUUUAAACAACAGGGCUUUAGAACAGAUAUUAUCUUCCAUUUCCCCCACUUAGAACAGAUACUGUUUUCCAUUUUCCCCCCUUUUAUUCCUCAUCGCCUUCACUCCAGCUCCCCAACCCACAGCUGAACCAGUCCAUUUAUUCGGCAACGUUUGCUCAUGCCUUCCCCUCCCGCAGACGGUCUAUGAGGCCACUUUAUAAACAGGGGCUCUUACCCACACAGGAUGGAGAGGAAGGGAACGUGGUGGAAAUACGGCUUUUCUUUUCUUUUUUUUUUUUUUUUUUUGCUUUGACAUUUAUCUGCCCCAUUUCCUGACCCCAGAAUCUUAUUUUCGUCAUGAUCUCGCAUUGUUGAGUUUUCACAGAGUCUUGAGAGGCUUACACCUAACCAAGAGAAAGUACAUUUCCAAGAGGAACAUUUAGAUCUGAUUUUUCAUGUAAAACCCUUGUCUUUCUUAUGUAAAAUUAUGGGACUUUUUUUUUUUUUAAGAUGGUUAAUUCCACCAUCAAGUAGAUUGUACUUACUUGAGUUCAAACAGCUUUUUAAAAAAAAAAAACUGGGUGUUACACGCAAAUCAUGAAUCAUGGAACGCUGUAUCAAAAACUACUGAAGCACUAUAUGGUGAUUAACAUAACCGAAAACAAAAAACAAGAGAAUGUGAAAGUCACUCUUUCUCCCAUGAAGUCCACAGAUAAACCGCUGACCCCAAAGAAGAGCAGAAGAGUCCUCAUUGGCUCUUCUCCUGGGCUGGGCUCUGCAGGGAUGAUUUCCAACCUGACUGAGCGAUAGCUUGUCUCUGUCUCUCGGGAUAUUUUGCUCGAGUCCAUGGCAUCAGCCAGCUGCUGAAGGCAUUUCUACGGAAGACAGAAUGUCAUUAUCAAAUUCUAAAUCUUGGGGCUGGGGUAGAUACCACCUUCUGGAGAUUAAAGGUAAAUGAAAAUUCCCCUUCUUCUUUCCCGAAUUGUUUCAUUCGUGAAGGUGCCCGCCUGGUUCAAAAAUGUUAAAAAUAUAUUCAGAAGGAAUGCAGUGACUGCCUGUCUCGCGCCCCUGUCCCCAGCUGCUUGCACCUGCUGCCACCCUCAGCCACAUACGUGAUGUCCCCAGGGCCUCGCUGAAGGAUAGGUGCCUGGCUUCCCAUCCUUUGCUGUUGCAACAGGGGUUAUGAUAAAAAAAAGUCCUUGUAGACAUGUCCUCAGCACGUGUGGAAGAGCCCUGCCAGUGGAAUUGUGAGACCCAGAGCCCCUGCAUCUGCCAUAUUGACGAUAAGGAAGAGGUUUCCUUUUUUAUUAUGUUAUGUUACUCACCAUUCAUUACACCAUUAGUUUUUGAUGUAGCGUUCCGUGAUUCAUUGUUUGUGCAUCACACCCAGUGCUCCGUGCAGAACGUGCCUUCCCCAAUAUCCAUCACCAGGCUACACCAUCCUCUCACCUCGCUCUCCUCUAGAACCCUCAGUUUGUUUUUCAGAGUCCAUAGUCUCUCAUGGUUCAUCUCCCCCUCCCAUUUCCCCACCUUCAUUCUUCCCCUCCUGCUAUCUUCUUUUUUUUUUAAACAUAUAAUGUAUUAUUUCUUUCAGACGUACAGAUCUGUGAUGCAACAGUCUUACACAAUUCACAGCGCUCACCAUAGCACAUACCCUCCCCAAUGCCUUAUCACCCAGCCACCCCAUCCCUCCCACCCCCCACCACUCCAGCAACCCUGAGUUUGUUUCCUGAGAUUAAGAAUUCUUCGUAUCAGUGAGGUCAUACGAUACAUGUCUUUCUCUGAUUGACUGAUUUCGCUCAGCAUAACACCCUCCAGUUCCAUCCAUGUCUGAUAACGAUGAUUUUAUGGUCGUCAUGACAGUGUCCUCGGUACGGUUUGAGGAUGUGCAAGGCUGGGUGAUGGUGAUAUGAAACAAAGGCCUUUUGUAGCUGUUCCCUGAUUUGGUCCCUCACCUGCUCUGUUAGGGGGCAAGAACAGGUGUAUGUAACUACGCUCAUUGACGGGAAAGGCGACGGGUCUGGUUAGUGGCAGAACCAGGACAAUAGGACUGCAGCUCCUGCAAGUCCGGGUUCCUUCCCUGUUCUCUACACAGGGCCUUGUGCUUGUUCAGGGGAAUCUUUGCGGUCUGUCGAUUCACGGUGUGUGUGUACCUCAGGCCCCACGUCUGUGUCCCGUGUCAUAAGUCAUAAAGGCACAGCCACGGCGCUUACUAGGGCAGGUCCUGCUGGGAGAGUCUCCCGUGUAUGUAUUUCCUCAGGAAUCCUCACAACCCCGUGAGGUGCUAUCACUUUCUCUACUGUGCAGACGAGGAACGCUUGGCCCGGGGAGGUGAGUGACUUCCAGCGCCUCACAGCAGACACGUGGUGGAGCUGGGAUCGGAAGCCCAUUCCCCGGCUCCAGAGUGCCGGCCCUUUCCCCCCACCGUGCUCUCCUCUCACAGAAAAAGUAGUAGUACCACAAGCUGGUGCUCGCCCUCACAGUGUGGGGUGCUUUGUGAUAUUUGCUCUUGUAUCCUAUUUGAUCCCCUAAAUGCUGGUUCCCCCCCCGCCCCCCCCCCACAGUGGUUUCCUGACCCUCCCUAAUCUGUCUCAGUCUGGGUUUUGGAAAAGUCUGUUAGGUUCUACUUCCCCAGCACCUCUCAGUGCGUCCCCACCUCUCAGUGUCCAUCCCCGUGGCGGCUGCCCCAGUUCAGGCUCCCCAUGACUUCUUCCCUGGACCUUCUUCCUGGAUGGCUGUGAGAUCCUCCUAACUUUUGUCCUCCGUCCGUUCUCCAUGCGGAGACCAAAGUCACCUAAAAAAUACAUUUCUGACCAUAGUGUUCGUAAUUUAAGGCGCUAAGUCCACCUUUGCUGUUUGGGGCCUAGUGUUCAGUCCAUGAAGAUGGUCGGUCAAUGUAUGAGGGAAUGCAGAAUUAGAAAACGUACUGUGUAUUUGUCCUCAGGAUGAAGAUCUUCUCCCAGGUAAGUAUUCUGAGGUCGACUUUCCAAUGAUAGUCACGAGAAAGCCGCACAGCACCACCGAACCUCACUGUGGGGUUGCUCACAAGGUCCUCGAUCUUGGGACGAGCACGUGGCCCUGCAAUGCUCUAUGAAUGGAGAACACACAGGAUGGACGUGCCAUGCACACACGUGCUUUGGUCAGACUGAACUCCCCUUUUGACCCCACUAUUGGGGAAAAAAAGAAGCAAAAGCUGUGGAAAACUCACACUUUCAUAUGUCUGCCAGCCUAAAGAGUAGGUCCAGUACAGCCACCUGCCCCAAAGACGUUGAAAGAUGUGCCCCAGAUAACGGGGCACAUGACAGUCACCUGCAGGAGCUCUCAGAACCACCCGUCGUUCCUGUUGCAGCAGCCUGAUGGUCUACCAAUUCCGGUCUGUUCUGUCAUUUCAUAAUCGAUCAUGUUUCCUGUCAAGCAUUAAAGCAGCCCCAAAGAAACCUGGAGAAGAAUCGGCUCCCAAAUCCAAAGGGAGAAAGGCUUUUUCAAAAGCUAUUCAAAAUUAAACUAAAAGUCGUCCCAAGGCGUUUCCACAAUUCUUUCCUCGCAGUUCCCAAUUUCUCAAUGUCAAGGUCUUGGGCAGUCCGGUCCACAGGGGCCCGGCUUUGGAGACAGCGGCACCUCUACAGUGCCUGGAUGGACGCCCGAACCUCGUAGGCGGAUCCGAUGGGCUCUGAUGGCCCCUUACUUAUUUAGUGCCAUGAGGCACUGGGAGGUGGAGGGUCUACAGCGGCGGGGCGACCCGGAAAGCCUGAGGCCAUCGCCCGCAGAGCACAGCGUCCGCUCGGCCUGGGGCUCACUGGUUCCCGGAGUUUUCAGCCAGGGCAAAGCCCGGGGGAGGGCAGGGGAAGGCUCGGGUCCAGUGCGCCGAGGGCGAUGCUGGGUGGGGCCUGGACAGAGGGCGACGGGGACAGCCGACCCACCCAGCUGCUCCCCAGGGGCUCGGGCAGCGGCACCGAGCCGGGCUCCAGGUCUUGGCGUGGCGCAGCCCCAGGCCCAGACCCCGAGGCCUGAUGUGGGGCGGCGGCAAGGGACAGAGCGCGCGACCAGGAGAGCAGCCGGCCCUCCCGCGCCCGAGCCUGGUCUGGGCUCCUGCCGAUCCGGAUCGACGCGCUCGCCUGCCCACGGUCUGGUUGGUCAGCUGCUUCAUGCAGCUGGAUUGCUUCUUGCUGGCGGCGGCGGCGGGGGCCGGCACGGCCAGGGCCGGGCAGCUCGAGGAAUCGCCCGGGGGGAGGGGGGCCGACGUCGCUUCAUGUCCACCCGAGGCGGCAGUGGAAGCGGCUGUGGGCCCGGCGCCCCCCCCCUCGCCGCCUCUCAUCCAGUGGCGCGGCAGGUCGGGGCCUUGGGAGGCCAGACCCGGGACGCGGUACCCAGCCCGUCCUCCACCCAGGGCGGGAACCCCGGGGCCGCCCUGUGCAGGGCCCGGAGGCCCCCUCUCGGGCACCGCCACCGCCGCCCGCGACCCCCUGCCGGGUCCAGCCGCACACCUCCGCGAGGCAGCGGAUGCGCGCAGCGCACGGAGCCACCGGUGAACCGCCAAACCCCGGUGUGGGACGCACUGUCCCCGCAGAGCUGGCAGGGCACGGAAGGACGGAACACUCUGGAGCCUCUGGAGGCUGGAAAUGCCCAAAGUCUCCUUGAGGGCCGUGCCUCUGCGCAGGUGUAGAUAUUUGUCAAAUGCACCUAGGAUCUGCUCUCCUAGGUGAAUGGAUGCAUUGCAUGCAUUGCAUGCAUUGCAUGCAUUUCCUGGGGGAAAGUCCAGGGCCAGAUGCAUUUUCUGUGGGCGGGCACCUGGGGGCAGUCAGGCAGGAGCACUCGCUAGGGGCCCACCCAGGACAGCCAGGAAGCGGGGAACAGGGGAAGGGGCCCAGCCCUGCGUGGGAAGUCGUGGGGCUGAGCGUCUGGGACCGGGACCGGUGGCCAGAGUCGGCCCUGGGAAGGCCCAAGGUCUCGGGCUUUCCUAGCAACGUGGCCUGCGCAGGGGAGGCGCGUGCCGGGCCCGCGCAGGCGUUGCCUAGAAACGCCUGUUGUCUUCUGAUUCUUAGCCUGGCGCAAGCAGGCGUUCUGGGACACUUGGCGGGGUAGUCCGACUGCGCUGGACGCUUUUCCACAGCGGACCGCGACAGUUAUAUGACCCGCGAAGAUGUGCUCCUGGGUUGGUGGCCUGGGCUCUGGCCUAGGCCAUUCCCAGGGAGGAGUGGAUGGCAGUGAGACUUCCUUGACCGGCUCCAACUCGGAUCUCACCAUGGACUUUGGUGAUGUCAUAUCAUCUCAGACAGAAAUCAAUAGACUCCUCAAUGAGAUCCAAAGACUGGAGGCUGAUCUUACACUUUGGAAACAUUUGUCCAAGGGACCGAAUAGCUCAGACUCCAAUGCCAUCUGGAAACUGAAGAGCACCAUCAGGGACCUAGAAGAGAGGCGGAUGAGGGAGAUCGAGGAACAUCAACUCGGAGUUGCGAUACUGCACAGUGUCCAUCAAGAAAAACUGGCCGACAUCACUGACAGGCACCGCAAACAACUCCUCGAGUAUGAAAGACGGAUAGAAGACCUGCAACAUCAAGAGUCUGCCAGUCAUGGGAAAGAUGACUUACUUCAAGAAAGGGAAACUGAGCUUAGAAGGUUGAAGCAACAACUUGCAGAAAUGGAGCGGCUGAAUGACCGUUUAAACAACGUUGCUUCUGAUCUCAGAGCAGAAAACCAAAAGUUGGUUUUGGCGCUCCAGGAUGUAAGACAUCAGCUGGAAGAAUCUAUUCUCCGGAACAACGAGGAUUCUCUGGAAAACAACACUGCUGUGAGGGCUUUAAAAAUAGAAAAAGGACGGUUAAUAGCAAAAUUGGCUCGGGCGGAAAAGAAGCUGUUGGAGGAAACAAACAAGGAUGAGCAAACUAUCAAAGAAUUGUCCCCUUUAGAGCAUGUGCAUUGCAUUCAACACAGUCAAGAGAAAGACCUGGAAAUAGUACACCUCAAAAAGAGGAUCGAGCAGAUGGACGCCGACCAUACAGAAACGAAGGAAAUGCUGUCCUCUGCUCUGGAGGAGCAGAAGCGAUUGACACAACUCGUUAAAGAGAAAGAGAUGUAUAUUGAAGAACUUACAGGAAGUCCAGAGCUUCAGGAGGAAUUCGGUCAGUCUACCCAAACCUUCAGAAGUAAUGACAUUUCCCAGCCAUCCGUGGAGGACAAAGACAGGUGUCUCCCAUCCGUGACAGGCGAAAAUCCUCAUCUGAGAGAAGAACUGGAGAGCCUAGGACAACAGAGUCGCUCUGUUCCUGCGCUCGACCCUAAAAUCCUAGACGAGAUCGUAGAACUGGAGUGUGAGGUGUUUCAACUCCAGGAGUUAAAGGAUGAUCUCGAGGAGGAAAUCAGAGAGCAGCAGAAGAUCAUUCACAACCAGCAGCAGGGGAAGAUAGGACUGCUUCAUUCUUUACAAGAGCAGAAGCAGAAAGUGGAGCAGCUCCAAUACCGGCAGGAGCAGAUGAAUAUUGAACACGCUCAGCUCCUUUCAGCGAAAGACGAGGAGAUUCAGCAUUUGCAGGACACGAUAGAACAAAUGAAAGCCCGGUUGCCUGACAAAAGCCAGCACAUUCCGACAGAAGACUGUGAUGAUGUGGAAGUCCCAACCAGUCAGCCUCUUCCCAGACAAAACGCAAGUGAAAAGCUUGAUUCACGUGAAGCCGAAACUCAAAGAUCAGUCCUAGGAAUCAAAGAACACGAACUGGAGAUGAAGCUUCUAACUGAACAGAACAUCCGACUGACGGAACAGAUGGAUCGGCUCUCCAAAGAGGAGAUUGGUAAACUAACUCAGAUUAUCCAGCAGAAAGACUUGGAGAUUCAGGGUCUUUCCAGCAGGAUCUCUGCGGCUUCUCACAGCCAGAACGGGGACGUGGAGCGACUUCAGCGGCAAUUGCAAGAGUACGCUUGGAAAAGCGAACAGGUCUUGGCGGUCUUAAAUGAGAAAACGAGGGAGAACAGCAAUCUGAGGACAGAGUAUGACAAAAUGGCGGAUAGGAUGGCUGCCACAGAAGCAGACCUCCGGCGGAUGCAAGAGGAAAAUCAAAAACUGUCCACUAGAAUGGACAGUAGUGGUCAGGAGAUGUUUAGAGAAACGAUUCAGAAUUUAUCACACAUCGUUCGAGAAAAAGACCUCGAAGUGGAUGCGUUAAGUCAGAAAUGUCAGACUUUAUUGACACUCCUGCAACCCUCCAGCCCUGGUAAUGAGGUUCGAGGCGUUCAUAUGGAUCAGUUCAAGCAGCUUCUACAGGAACGGGACACAUUAAAACAGCGAGUGAAGAUCAUGGAAGAGUGGAAACAGCAGGUGAUGACCACAGUCCAAAAUAUGAAGCGUGAGUCACCCCAGCUUGAGAGAGAGCUGGCACAACUCCAGGCGCGGGCUUUCACCAGCAGCGAGAAGGAUUCUGAACUACCGACGACCUCUAGUGACCUGAUGCAGACGUACAAAGGCAAUGAAAUAAAAUUACAACAUUUAGAGAAGGAACUGGCACAAAUUCAGCUCAGCAUCGGGGAGCUUUGCAAUGCCAAGGAUCUCCUUCUAGGGAAACUGGACGUGAUUUUCCUCGAGCCCUCCCCCGACUGCUCAGAGUCAGCGGACUCUCUGGAGCCCGUGAAAUCUGACAGAGUGGGUGAGGCUUCUGAGUUGCUCCAAGUGGAGGUAGAAGAGCUGAGAAAAUCAAUGCAAGAAAAAGAUAGGAUGAUUCGAACCCUCCAGGAAGAUAAGCAGAGAUGGACUGAUUCAGUGGCUGCCACGUGGGAAGGAGAAGGCCCAGAACAGGAACACAGGGAUUCCGACAUCGAGCAGCUGAAGGAGAAACAGGCCGUUCUACAAAACUUCAUUCGGGAUCAGGAGCUCCGAAUCCAAGCGAAAAGUGAGGACUUGCUUUCUUUGCAGGAGAACUUCCGUAGCCAAGUGAGUGAAAAUGAACUUUUGAGGCAGACGGUCACCAAUCUGAAGGAGAGAAUAGCAGAGUUGGAAAUGGAUGUGUGUCAACCGAGAGAGGAAAAUGCAAAAGUCGAGGAAAACUCUCGAGAAAAGGCAGUGGGAGAUGAGGCACUGCAAGAGACAGAUAGGCUGCUUUCAGUGAUGCGGAGAGAGGAGGAAUCCCAGGGUGCUGCGAUGAAAGAGAAGGCACUUGCUUUGGAGCAACUAUCGCAAGAGAGAGAAGAGCACGAGACCGGGGUAUUGAACCGGCCGGUCAGUGCAGUUCCAUCAAUGCAGGGAAAGACAGUUCUGUGCCAACAGGGGAGAGAUGAAGUCCUGUUGGCCCUGACACAGAAACAAAUGGAAACCUGUGCCCUCCAGAAGGAGGUUCGCCAUUUACGUGAGAGCGAAUUACGCCUAACCCAGGAGCUGGAGAGACGGCGACACCUCGCUCUAGAAGCCGAAGACGCUCAUCGCCGGGAAGCUCUGGCCUCAGAAGACAAAGUGGCUCAACUCAGGAAGGAAGUGACGGUCUUGCAGGGAAGACUCGUUUUGUCUUCCACUGCCAUGGAAAAUGCCAGCCGAGGAGCCAGUCUGCAGGUAGAGUCGCUGCAGGAGCAACUGCACGUGGUGACCCAGCAGAAAGAGGACACUGCGCUCCAGCUUGCUGCCUCGCAGGAAGAAGGAAGGCAGUAUGGUCACAUCCUAGCUGACCUCAAGUUGGAACUCGCCGAAUGGAUGGAAAAGGCAGACAGCCUCGAAGGAAAACUGAAGUCAUUGCAGGGACGAUUACAUAAAACAAAUGCUGACUUGGAGCUGAAGGAAGACCAACUCCAAGAAUUCCAGAAACAGAAUGAGGUCCAGCAGGAAAUCCUGGAGGACACACAGAAGAAACUGAUGAACUUAGUCAGUAAGUCCGAAGGAAUGGUGGACAAAACCCUACUAAGGAGACUCUUCCUGGGAUCUUUCCAAGCCCCUGACGCUGAACGGCAGGAAGCCUUAAGGUUGAUGGGAAGCAUGCUGGGGAUCCGAGAAGACCAGAUGCGGCAGCUGUUCAGUGAAGGGCCAGGUGGUGGUACCAGCUGGAUGAGUCGGGGGCCUGGAUCCAAAAGCGCCCCCAACACACAUGUGAAGCCAAAUCACCGACCUAUGGCCAAGAAUUCUUUUUCAGGGCUUUUCGUCCAGUUUCUAGAAGCGGAAUCUCAUUCAGCUUUGCCACCACCAAAGCCCUCUGCUCAUGACGUGAAGCCCCCAGAUCCCGGAGGAAGGGGAAAACUGGCUAUGAAACAAGGCCCAGCACGUCUGAACACUACCCUAGCAUCCACAUCCCGGAAAAAAGAUGUGAAGCCCCGCACCACAACGGUGUCUCUUAUUACCCCACCUGGACCGGAAGCGGAUGGAUCGGAGCACCUUCUUCUAAAUGCCGUCACUGAUGCUUUGCCCACGUACGCACCCCAAAUACUGUCACCUGCGGAGAAGGUUGGAAUGGCGGCCAAAGGCCUCUCAAAGAAAUAGAGGAUUCUCAAGCCAGAGAUGAGACAGUGCUCGGAAGACCCCAAGUCACUCUGUGUGUUUACCUAAUCCCAAAAUGUCCUUUUGCAAAACGUAAUAUAUUUGCAGUCUUGCUUUCAGCUUAAUAAAAAUAUUCUUUUAUGAGUUAACAAAAAAAGGCAUCUUUUAAUGACUGCAGAGGUAUUCACCAAACUGAAAAUGGUGGGUAUUUCUUAUGAGAGUAGACACUGGUGGGGUUGGGGGCUGCGGUCAAUGGUACUUCCAGUAUUGUUUGUAAUGCUUUGAUGUUUUCAUAAGGAGCAUGUAUAUACAUAUACCUUUGGUAAGGAAAACAUCCACUCGUUUUAAUGUUCCCAACUUAUCAAAUACAUGAGCACCCACGCCUUGUUGGAGAAACUGGGUGUAUAGCAUGAAAGUUUAAGAUGAAUACAUUUUUUUAAAAAAUGCGAGUUUGAUUUUCCCAGUUAUGUCCCAUUUCUCUUUCUCCUUUUUUAUUUUUAAUUGUUUUUUCCAUUUCAUUUUAUGUUGCCUGGGAAUCUACUUCAUGGGUAACCUGAUUUAUCUCAGGCCUUUAGAAAUAUAUGUAUAUUUGUCUUUUUGGGCGUAUAGUAUUCUAUGACUUGCUUUUAAAAAAAAAAAAUCACUCUGCCUUCGAGAUCUUUACAAAUGUGAAUGAAUUCCAAUUCAUUCUUUAAAAGGAAAUGCAGGCCUUUGUGGAUAUACCCUAAAUUACCGAACUAGCUCCUACUGAUCAGUAUUUAAUCAGUUUUUACUUCAAAUGUCCAUGGUCAACUCCCUUGUUCCUUUCCUCAGAAGCCACUCCAAAUCUUCGUUUGCAGUGCCAGGCUCAUUACUCCACUAUACUCUGGAAACCAUCCACUCAAACUUCUUUUCUUCUCCUUCUCCUUCUCCUUCUCCUCCUUCUCCUUCUCCUUCUCCUUCUCCUUCUCCUUCUCCUUCUUCUCCUUCUCCUUCUCCUUCUCCUUCUCCUUCUUCUUCCUUCUCCCUCUUCUUCUUCUUCUUCUUCUUCUUCUUCUUCUUCUUCUUCUUCUUCUUCUUCUUCUUCUUUUUAACGAUUUUAUUUAUUUAUUUGACAGAGCAGGAGAGCACAGGCAGGGCGGGUGGCAGAGGGCGAAGGAGAAGCAGGCCCCUUGCUGAGCAGGGAGCCUGAUGUGGUGCUUGAUUCCCGGGUCACUGAGAUCAUGACCUGAACCAAAGGCAGACGCUAAACUGACUGAGCCACCCAGGCGCCUCCCAUUCAGACUUCUUGAAAGAUCUCAUUCCAUUAAUUUUCCAUUGUGCUGUAUCUUCAGCCUGCCAAAUAUCUUAAAUCCUUCCCUCCCUUUCUGUUGCCAGUGCUCUGGUUCACCCAUUCCUGUCUCUUGCACAGACUAGUGCAGUAGACUGCCUACUGAUCUUGCUGGUUCCACACUCGGCCUCCUUUGAAUCCAUUCUCCAUGCUGCUGUCAGGGCGAACUGAGACGAAAAUCUGAUGUCACUUCCCUGCUGCCAUUAUUUGUGGGUUCCCUCAUUGCUUGGAGUUCGACCUUUAGGAGACCAUCCAAGCCCUUGCUUUUGCAGCCUUCCCUCCUGCGCAUCAUUCACAUACAGGCUGCCCUUUAGCCGCAGGGAAUUCUUACAAGCCCCCAAUAGAUUCUUAUCCAAAGAACUUCAAGUGCAUGAGCCUCAUCGUUGUGCCUUGCCAAAGGUACAAAGCAGAAGGAUUUCAUUUUUCUCCUCUUCACCCGUUGGUAAAGGGAGUGAUUCCCACCCUAAAGUUAUGGGAUGUCCGGAUGCUGAACAGAUGAGCUCGACACUAAUUUAUUACCCAUGUCUACUCGUGGCCCACACCAUGCAGGGCCACAAGGGGGUUUUACCUGGGAGCAGAAUGAAGAAGGGCUUUGGGGCGGGGGCAGACCUUGUAGUAACAAGAGAGUGACGGUGAGCCCUACUUCCUGCAGGAGGGCAUGACUGGCUUGCUGGAUAAUUGCACACGCUGUCAGGGAAAUGGACCUUACUCCUUGGGGAGAAACUGUGCCUGGUCCCUGGGAUAAAGAAGGUCGUUUGGCCAGGAGACCUGAUCUGUGGGAGCAGAGGGGGAAGGGAACUUUGGGUGAGACCGAGGCCAUUGGAGGCCCUCUGAUGUUCCCUGAUACUAAGACAACACUUCCUAUUGAAUCUUAAUCUCAGGCUUUCCAUCACAGUGGACUCUGAUAUCUAGACAUCAAUUUCAACCUGGGACUGAGACUUUUAAGGAGUAGGACAGGUGCUUCUCUAGGAAGUGAAAUUGUCACGUGAACAAGAGGGGGAGUUGGUCUUCAAAACCAAAAUGUAUCAACGGUCAUUGAUGGUCACUCAGUUGAUCCCAAGGGAAUCCUUAGGUAGCCAAGGGGUAGAAGGAAAGGCUGACGUCCUCCAGCACCAUGGAAUCUGGCAAUGGACUGUGGAUAGAAGCAGCCACCCCCACCUGCAGGUUGGAUAUGCAGACUUUGGCUUCAGCCUGUAGCAAGAAGGCCUUGGUAACUACAUUAAGCUGGUGGGGGUAUCAUGACCCGAGGCAGAGCAGACAGCGGGAUAUGAAGGCUCAGAGUCUGUAAGAGACUCCGUUUCCAGGAGAGCCCAGUGCAUGGUCAGCAAUUGCUGCUUUCAUGGUCUAUAACCCAGGGCCAAGGAGGGCCAUUUCUUGCAUUGGGAGUCCAUGGACGAUUCCAGUGACUCCAGGAAGCUGGAGAGGUAGUUGCUAAAGCCUUUUUACUUAGGGCACUAACGGGUGAUUUUUUUUUUUUUUUUAAGAUUUUAUUUAUGUAUUUGAGAGACAGUUGGAGCUGGAGGAGGAGGUCAAAGGGAGUGGGAGAAGAAGCAGGCUCCCCACUGAACAGGGAGUUCCCUGCCAGGCUGGAUCUCAGGACCCUGAGAUCAUGACUUGAGCCAAAGGCCGACGCUUCACCAACUGAGCCAGCCAGUCGCCCCCUCACAGUUGUUUUGGACAGAUCCUAGAGCCUUUUGUUGAGGGGAGCCCCACCCAGCGUGGGCUCAGUGACAAGUAGCAGCCUAAAUGGGCUUAUGUAAAAUUUAUAAACAAGGAAUAUGUUGCCUCUAGAACCAAAAAAAAAAAAAAAAAAAUACUGACAGAAUUUGGACUUGUAUGUCCUUCCUUGUUUGUAAGGAUUUUAUUUGGUUACUUGAAAGAGCACGAGAGUGAGAGCACAAGGGGCUGGUAGGGGCAGAGGGAGAGGGAGAAGCAGGCUUCCCAGUGAGCAGGGAGCCUGAUGCGCGGCUUGUUCCCAGGACCCUGGGUUCAUGACCUGAGCCGAAGGCAGACGCUUAAUGGACUGAGCCACUCAGUCGCCCCUGCACCUGCAUGUCCUUAACAAGUGUGUCAAACAAAUGUCCUCACAGUAGGUAGUCGUAAAUGUGAUGUCAUACCUAUGUCCCUGGAGAAGGACGGGUGCAGUAAGAUCCUGCCCACAAAGAUGUCUGUGAUAGCAGAGAGGUUUGGGUGCCCUGUGCUUAACAAGGUAAAAUGUGUCCCCUUCAAAGUCAAGGCACAUUUGACCGAGAGGAUGUUGAAAUACGCAUGGAACAGAACAUAUUGGCCAAAUCUAUAUUAGCAAAAUAUUCCCCAUCCUUAAAUUUGUUGGGCUCCCUUGUGUUUUUUUUUAAAGAUUUUAUUUCUUUAUUUUAAAGAGAGAGACACCUAGUGCACGAGCCCAGUUGGGGCGGGGGGGGGCGGAGGGAAGGGCCGAGUGAGCGAUUCCCAAGCUGACUCCACCCUGAGCACGGAGCCUAACAUGGAGCUGGAUCCUAUGAACCUGAGACCAUGACUUGAGAAGAAAGCGUAGCCCACUGAGCCACCCAGGUGGCCCUAGGGGUCUCAGAGGUUUUCAGGGGACCAGGAUUUAUUUUAAUCAGGUAUGAUAAGUUAGGAAGAUAUAGAAGUAACUGUCACAAUGGAAGAAGUUUUGUAGAUUUAGAGGCCCCAAGAAAGGAGGUUCUGAGAGCCUUGCAGGGCCACCUGGGGAAGCACCAGGAUUGGUCAGGAGAAAGAGGGAGUGAAGGGAAAAUGUGGGCAAGACCCUUUAUUGUGGUUUCCAUGGGAAGGGACAGGUGAGGCAGGAUAAGCACGUUUAAGACUGGCUAGUUUGAGUAAUUUCAGGGGGCUCCAGGCCAGAGUGGUGUCUGCAGGAGUCUGUCCCGCCCUUGCGGUGAUCAGGGAGGCCAUAGUGGCCCAGAGCUGCUUAAGAUGAGGUGGUUGGCAGUAAGGGUUCUGUACCGGUUGGUUUGGAUGUGAAAGGUAUGCUCCCAGGCCAGUUGUGGACUUUUUCUAAGAAUUAACUAAGCCUGCCAGGGACAGUCCCUCCAAAGUCAGCAAGUCUGAGAUGUCAAAGCAUUAAAUACAGAAGCUAGAAAAUACGGUUAUUUUACUAGGUACAAGCAUAAUUGGAGCCCUGGUAUCGAAUCCAUGAAGGUUACCCAACUGGUACAUCUUAGCAGACAUUAACGUUAAUUCAGAACCUAUGUUUUAGAGGGCCAAAAGCCAGUUGACCUCAUUUUAUCUUUUGCCAUAUAAAUUAUCUUAGUAAAUUUGGAUUUCUUUUUUUUUUUUUUUUUUUUUUUUUACGGUUUAUUCAUUCAUUUGAGAGAGAGACAGCAAGCAGGUGUGAAAGAGCAGGAACCAGGGGGAGCUGCAGGCAGAGGCAGAGGGAGAAGCCGACUGACUCCCCUCCAAGCAGGGAGCCUCUCAUGGGGCUCAAUCCCAGGUCCCCGGGAUCACGGCUGGAGCCGAAGUCGGACGCCUAAGCAUCCGAACCACCCAGGCGCCCCUGUGAAUUUUGGAUUUCCAGUUGGGUCAAAUUGUGAACCUAUGUCGAAUUAAUUUGGGGGGGUUCCUCUUCCUGUAUCCAGUUUUCUUUCUUCCAUUCCUCCUUUUCUUGGGUUUGUUUGGUCCUGGAUAUAUGCUUGGGUUAGGGAGUGUCUUUUUACCCUGUUCAUCUUUCUCCGUUUUUUCUUCCAGAGAGUCUCCAAUCAGCAUCAUUAGGGUUGGAGCCUCUGUCGUGGCAAUGGUCGUAUGGUUUCAGGUGUCCUGGCGUAAGUCAGGGUGUGAAUUGAUACCCUCACUGUGCCACAGGGGUGCCACGGAUGUUUCCCCCACGACCCUGAGGAUGGCGAUCUUGUGCCAAACAGGUUUAGGCAGUGGGGUGGUAAGUGAAAGAGCACAGGACCCACAGCGCAGACGUUGAUAAAGCCAAAGCAUCUUCUGCUACAGCCCUACCUUCUCUCAGUGUGGACGGCUUCCCCUCCCCCCUUUUCCCACUCUACCGAUUCCCUCAGGAGACUAUUUCAUUUCUAGCCCCAUAAAGUCAUGGGUUUUUGUUUCUGUCUCCAGCUAUUCAGACGUGGUGCACAUGUUCUGGGUGUUUAUGGGGAAAGGGAGCUGGGUGGGUCGGCCCCACAGAUGACUGUCCUCUUCCUGCGGGCAUGCCAGUCCAUCUCCCCAGUGUUGGAGUCCACAGCCAGGAAGGUCAUUUUGUCCAUGGCCAGAGUGGGAGCCUCAAGGCCCUGGAUCCAGAGAUGAGUCCCUGGACGCGCUGGGAAGCAACAACACUAAGAGAAAGCAAGUGUGUGGAGGAGGGGUUUUGCACUGGGAGAGAGGUGGAGCACCAAACGGCCGACCCUCCACUUUUGUGUUUCUCAUCAGCUCCUGGGCCCUGGGCUGCCAUGGAUGUGCGCCUCCAAACCCUGAGGGCUCCGGGGGACACACGGUAACGGGGAGAGGAGCGGCAGCUGGGGAGAUGGGCAAGGCCACUCGCGUUGCCUGACCCACAGUGACUCAGGAGGCAGCCAGGGAGCCAUUCUUACAUCUCCCUGGGGUCGUGGCCCCCUUCCUUUCCACCCACAACACAGAGGGUCAUCCCCAGGACGGUGCGUGGGGUGCGCUCUCCCCACCCGGAUCUGUCUGUCUGCCCCAAGCACUGGCCCAACACCCAGUCGGUGGAACUCAAGCACCCCAGUCAGCAGGUCGUGGGGUUGCCGACCUCAGCGGGGAGCCUUGGAGACCGAUACAGGCCAGAUGGAGGUCACACUGAUGGCACCUCCCUCCUAGGUACAGUCAAGUCGCAUCUGUACUCAACUUGUUGGCAAGGAUGGGACAUUGGUUUGGAAACGGAUGGCGACCUCCAUUGGAGCUAACAGAACACGAGCUAACACACAAGCUGGCCCGCAGUUGCCAGUUCCCUCCCAGAUCGUGAUUGUCCCCUCUGAAGCCAGUUAGGAAGCCAAGGAGCACGUCAAGCUGACCCCGUGUCCUCAGUUAAGGUGGGGCCACCCUGUUUGUGAUGUCACUUGCUUUUAUUCAGCUUCUCCUCAGUUCCCUGACGAGAGAGAGAUUCCUGCUCUAGGCUUGUAGGGAUCCCUUGACACCUGACAGAUGUGACUGGCAGCAGUUGACUAGUCACAUAUUCUCACAGUUCAAGGGAGGAGGAUACCACACACUGUGCAGGGCUGCACAGGAAUUGCACUUGGGAACAGAGGGAACAAGCAGGGGCUUGGAAGGCAAGACUUUGUCCUAACAAGAAGGUGGGGCAAGUCCUGGUUCCCUUGGGAGGGUAUGAGUGGCUUGCUUGAAGAAUUCAGUGGGCUUCUAGGGAACUGAACGCUGCUCCCCCAAAUCAACAGGCACUAUGUCUGGUCCCUGUGAUGAGAAGGGUUUUUGCUUAGGAGACCUUACGUGUGAGGGAGGAGGGAGAGGAGAACUUGCAUUAGGCUGUUUCCGUCCCUCCUUGAUUGUCCCUGGUGUGAAGACAGCCCUUAAUAUGGAAUCUUCAUUUCAGGCCUUAUGCCCCAAGAGGUUAUGAAAAUGUCAGCCUUCUUACAACUACUAAUGGCAUUUCACAGUGAAACAGUAUACAGAAGAAACAUGUAAAAGUUGUACUGCUGUAUGCUAGCAACGAACAUGUGGGCUCCACUAUCAAACAUACGUUCACAAUUACUAGUAAAACUAUACUUAGGGAUCAAUCGAACAAAGCAUGUCCAGCACUCGCAUGCCCACAGCCGUUAGCACUGAUAGAGGAAAUCGGAGAUAUAAAUAAAUGCAGAGAUAUACCAUGUUUGUGAAUUGGAAGCCUAAGCAUAGUGAAGAUGUUCAUUCUGCCCAGAUUGAUAGAUCGAUUUAAUGCAAUUCCUGUCAAAACCCAGUCAGGGUUUGUUUUCUUUUGUAGAUUGAUAGACAAGAUGAUUCUAAAGUGUAUGUGGAUAGACAAAGGAAUGAAGAGUAGUUUCAGAAACAAUUUUGAAAAUAAUAAUAAAGUGGGAACAUGCAGUCUACCCAGUUUCAGAACUUCUGCGAUAGUUUUACUAAGGACGAUUGUGUGGUAUCUGCAGAAGGACAGACACAGAUCAAUAGAACAGAACAAAGAACCCAGAAAGAGUCCCCACAAAUACGCUCAACUGAGUUUUGAAAAGGGAGCCAAAGCACUUCAGUGGGGGGAAAGCUGGCCUUGCGACAGACUACAGCCAUUUCAAGCUUGUGAUGAACACACAGACGCCAGACUCAGAAAACAGCACCAGGAGCGAAGGAAGACGGGGCUUUGACGGCGGUCCCGCCAGGUGGUGACGGGAAAGGAGGGGUAGACGGUGCCCAGGGCUCUGUGGGCGGGGCCAGAGGAGGCACCCAAGGGGCGCGUCCGCGGGCCGAGCGGGCGGGAAGCUGUCCAAUCAGCGUCUGGGCAGAAGCGCCAAUGAGCGGGAAGGUUGUUGGGCGGUUGACGUGAGCGGCGGGUCUGAGCCCCGGCAGCUGAGCGCGGCGGAAGCGAGCCCUCCUUCCCUCUCCGAGGCUGGCUCGUCCCCCCAGCGCCCGGGGACCCGGUUUCGUUGUUCUCGGUGGGGACAGCACCCCGGAACCUCCACGGCCAUGGGCGCUCGUCCGAGGACGGCCUCUUUCAGCUCCUGUUCGUCCUCCUCGACAGACCCAGACGACGAGGGAGUGCGCGGCCCUUGCGAAGAUGCUUCUCCGUGCAGAGAGAGAGACACAGUGAGAGAUGGAACACAAGCAGGCUUCCCGAGGAGCAGGGAGCCCGAAGCGGGGCUCGAACCCAGGACCCUGGGAUCAUGACCUGAGCCAAAGGCAGAGGCUUAACGACUGAGCCACCCGGGUGCCCCCGUCAUUUUAUUUUAUAUUCCUCUUAUUUUGGGGGGUGAAGUUGAAGAUCGUUUUUAUAUGUUUAAGAGCCAUUUAUAUUAUCUUUUACAGUGAACUGUCUGGUCAAGUAAGGAAUUCCUUUCUUGACCUUAGUAAAAUGAUAGUAACACUGUUA